AUGGAUGAACGUUUAUUUAUCACUGAUGAAGAGUUACUUGCAGAUGCACAAAAUAUCAGUAUUGAAUUAAACCAAAUAUGGGAAACUCUUCCAUUUUAUCUUGAUGAGGAUAAACCUUUACAUGGUACUAAUGUUCCUCAUGACCCUGAAUUAUUUAAACAAUUCAUCCGUAUUCCACAAAAUCUUCUUCCAAGUGAAUUACAAGGAGAUGCAAUCAACCACCCACCAAAACGAUUCCAAAUUCAAGUACCUUCAAUGUCAAAUGGAACUAAUCUUAUUGAUAAGAAAGAAACAAAGAAAUUAAUUGCUGAAGAACAUUUAGGAGAAGUAUUUGAUGAAGAGGAUGAUGAAGGUGAUGAUGAUUAUGAUGCAAAUAAAUUUGAAGAUUAUGACCAAGAAGAUAUGAGUGAAGAAGGACAUUCAGAAGAUUAA